AGAGGCUCACUUCUUAACAAGUCAAGCUCCCACCGACGAGCACACAGCCGGGCUUGUUUCUGCAGCACAAUUUGUGGAAGUAGGAGCGGAACUGUCUUUACUCAGUCCGUAUUGUAUUAACUCCACCCGGGGAAGAAGACAACGACCCUCCGGUCUGCACUUGUUUGAAGAGGCUGCAAACAAACAUUUGUCACCGGACACCUGCUGUCACUCGGGACCAUGCAGCUCCCCUCGCUGCCGUCCUGGUUCCUGCUCACCUGCUCUCUGGUGCUGUUGUUCGGGUCCUGUGAUCCAGCACCGACCUCAGAGCAGUCCAGGCUGGUGUUGAUGGAGCAGUUUAGCCGCCCCGAGGUCGGAUUUAACUGGAGGAAUGUCACUUGCCCCUUGUGCAAAGCAGUGUUUACCAUCCUUGAUAUCGCCCUUUUGAGUGACACCAACGAAGAGCGAGUGGCGAGUGCAGUGAGAGAGGUGUGUAUCCGUCUCCACCUGGCUGAUGAGCAGGUGUGUCGACAAAUAACGGAGUUGUUCAGGGGCGACUUCAUCCGGGCCCUGCAGCAGUCCUUCCUGUGGCCCACUGAAGCGUGUGCCCUGCUGGUGGGGCCGUCCUGCGGCAAAUUUGACAUCUACGCCCCCUGGAACCUCACCCUGCCGAAGGUCCCUAAACCUCCUGUUACACCACCCUCUCCUCCCAAACCUGGAUCUCCACAGAGCAGAGUCCUGUUUCUAACUGACAUCCACUGGGACCAGGAGUAUGCAGUGGGCAGCGUCGCAGACUGCAAUGACCCUCUGUGCUGUCGUGCAGACUCGCGCGCUCCCAAGUGGAGGCGCAGGGAAGCGGGGUUCUGGGGAACCUACAGUAAGUGUGACCUGCCUCUGAGGACCGUGGAGAACCUUCUGGAGAACGCUGCCAGAGACGGACCCUGGGACUGGGUCUACUGGACCGGAGACAUCCCAGCGCACAAUAUUUGGUCUCAAACCAGGAAACAGCAGCUGUCGGAGCUUACUGUCAUCUCCAGGCUCAUCCACAAAUACCUGGGACCCAAUGUGACAGUGUACCCUGCUAUAGGGAACCAUGAGAGCACACCAGUGAACAGCUUCCCCCCGCCCUUUGUUCAUGGCAACAGGUCCAUGUCCUGGCUUUACGACACGAUGGCAGAGGAAUGGUCCGCAUGGUUACCAGAGCAGGCUUUGAAAACUUUGAGAUACGGAGGCUUCUACACAGUGGAGAUUCAGCCUGGUCUGAGGCUGGUCUCUCUCAACAUGAACUUCUGUGCUCGAGAGAACUUCUGGCUGAUGGUGAACUCUACAGAUCCUGCUAACCAGCUGCAGUGGCUGGUCCAUAUUCUCCAGGACAGUGAGAACAAGGGAGAGAAGGUUCAUAUCAUCGGUCACAUCCCACCGGGCCUCUGUCUUGGCAGCUGGAGCUGGAACUAUUAUCACAUUAUAAACAGAUAUGAAAAUACAAUUUCUGGGCAGUUCUUUGGCCAUACACACAUGGAUGAGUUCGAAAUGUUUUAUGACGAGUCGACAAUGAGUCGCCCAUUAGGAGUGGCUUUCAUUGCUCCCAGUGCCACUACUUACAUCAAUCUUAACCCAGGUUUCCGUGUUUAUUAUGUGGAUGGGAAUUACAAAGACAGCUCUCGGUUUGUUCUUGACCAUGAAACCUACAUCCUGAACCUCACAACGGCAAACCAAAGUCCAGGAGCGCCGAGUACCCCGGAGCAGAACCCCAAAUGGACCCUGCUGUACCGCGCCACCGAGGCCUACGGUCUGACCAGCCUCUUCCCGUCUGACUGCGACGGGCUGAUGCGGACCUUCGUCAACGAUGACCGCAGCUUCCAGAAGUUCUGGUACUACAGACAUAAAGGGCACGUGUCGGAGGCCUGCAAGGAGACGUGCAAAACUACAGUGUUGUGCUUCCUGCGCAGCGGGCGCUACGACGAGCUGGAGCAGUGCGACUUCCUCAACGGCUUUAAAGGAGAGAUGGCCCGCGCUGCCAGAAAAACCCUCUGUUGACCUAAGGACGUUUGGACUUAAUGUGUGGGUGAGGGAAAAGCAAUAUGACCAAAUGUGAAAAAGAGCUGAAAAGAGGAAAGACCUUUUUCCCUGGUGGGUCAACAGGGAUUGUUUUUGUUGAAAAGUAUAAAGACUAUUCUCACAAUUGUCAAGGGUUUUGUCGACCUGACUUUAUGUUCUCAGUUGGUCUUGUAUUAUCAGUAAUGUUUUUACAAAGAUUGUCACAGCCUUGGGUUUGUUAAAAGCUUUUUUGUAAAGACGGGUUUUGUUUACUUGAAGUUAGGUCAGGGUUGUCAUGACUUUAAUUAUAUUGUACUGACUGGGUGCCUUGUAUCAGGAAAAAUGUGUUAAACAUAUCUCCUUAUCGAACAUAAUGCAACUUUAAAAUGCCUUUCUACUAGAGAAGAUUCAUCAUGUUUAUCAAUGUUAAAAUCCUUGAGAUGUAUCAAGAUUAAGGGCUUCAUGACAUCUCAAGACUUCCAAUGAAAUAUAAAUGCUUUCUUGUAAAUUGUAAAAAAUAACAGGAACUUGUAUUUUGGGCUGUCCCACCCUUUAAAGGUUGUAAAGGAAAUCAAUAGUCCACUUUAUGUAUUGCACCUGGUGUAUUAAUGGAUCUCCGCCUUUAUUUCUCAGGUUUGAGCUUGGCAGAGUUGCUAUGCAGCACACAGUAUCUUCACCCAAUCAUUUUGACUCCUCAUCAGCACCUGUGGAUUUAGGUUGUUAAAUUAUUUACUUAUCACCAUCUGCCUCAGCAUAGACGCCUGUAAACCCUAACAGUAUUUGUCAUUAAGGUUUACUUCUGUCUGCACUUUAUUUGUUGUCUAACGUACAGGUUUGAUAGACCCAAAGUGGGACAAGCAUUGGAAGGCUUUCAGCUCUUGGUUUGCAACCUGUGGUGUGACAUGUAAUGCAACUUGUACAAUGAGCAAUGAUUUAAAGAAUGUAUUAAUUAUGAAUAAAAUAUGUAUUUGGAGA